ACGACGUAUGGCACGCGCCUGAGCCCGAAACUGCUACCACGGCGCGCGCGCUCGACGAGACGAGACAGAGGGAUGGCGCAGCUCUGGGCGGUGUUCCUGGCCGUGGGGUCGCUCGCCAUCGGCCUGCUCGGGGUGCUCGGAGUCUGGCUCUGCUACCUGUUCCAGGCCGUGGCGCUGGGCCCACCUCCCGCCCCGCCGCCCGAGACGCCAGACACGAGCGACGACGGCGACGGCGACGACAAGAACGGGCUAUCGGAGGCGGAGCUGAGGCGGCUUGGCGGGGUCGUCCAGGCGGAGCCCGCAGUCGACGACGAGGAGGAGGCGCUCUGCCCCAUCUGCCUCGACGCCAUGGAGCCGGGCCGCGCCGUGCGCGUCCUCCCCGGCUGCAACCGCGCCUUCCACCAGGACUGCGUCGAUCGGUGGCUGGCCAUCUCGCCGCGCUGCCCCGUGUGCAACAUCUGGGCCACGCCGCAGUCGCCGCAGGCCUCGCUGACGGUGGCCAAGACUGCUCCGGGGUGCUGACACGGGGGGCGCGCGCGCGCUUUCUUGGUUCUUGACGAUUCUUGGUCCGCCUCUGAACUUCUGAUCAAGAAGCGUUCUUGACGUAACUCCAGUUAGUUUUCUUGGCUCGGGAGAGCGGUUCUUGUUGGUUUUCUUAGUCUGCUACUAGUACAUGGUUGUGUACAGGAUUCUUGGAUGGGAGACUGCAUGUAGUUACUAGAAAGAAAUGAGUAGGCUUUUGCAGAUUUUGGUCUCUUUUCUUCUAGCAGAUCGUCACAUUUGACCGCAUUUGGUCUCUUUGAUGAACGAGAAACAGUAAAUGCCGCGAAGAUAGCAAAUUAUGAUGUGGGAUAGCAUGUCGAUCCUAUUAAUCAGACGCCGAUUCUGAUUUUGUCGAUUUUUAUUCUUUCUUUGAGCUGUCGGUUGGAAACAUACUGCAAACGUCUGGUUCAAAAUCAGAAGCGGUUACUCAGUGAAACAGUUACUCUGC